CUGUAUUUUGAAAUAAAUGGUUCUUUUCUCCCUACAUGUGUAGAUAUGGCUGCUGCGAACUAUCUGAGAUCUGAAGAUCAGUUCCUGUGCUCCAUCUGUCUGGAUGUGUUCACUGAUCCUGUCAGCACAUCAUGUGGACACAACUUCUGUAAAAACUGCAUCACUGAACACUGGAAAACUAACGCCCAGUACCAGUGUCCGAUGUGUAAUGAGGUUUUCAACACAAGACCGAAGUUGCGGGUCAACACUUUCAUCUCUGAGAUGGUUUCUCAGUUCAGACAGUCAGCUCAGCAGGAAGCCUGCAGCAGCAGCAGCAGCAGCAGCAGCAAGAGCAGCAGCUCGGAUCAACAAGAGUCCAAACCAGGAGAAGUUCCCUGUGACGUCUGCACUGGAACCAAACUGAAGGCCCUGAAGUCCUGCCUGGUGUGUCUGGUCUCCUACUGUGAGACUCACCUGGAGCCUCAUCUGACAGCUUCAGGCCUGAAAAGACAUCAGCUGAUCGACCCUGUGGAGAACCUGGAAGCCAGGAUGUGUACGAAGCACGAUAAACCUCUGGAGCUGUUCUGUAAGACCGACCAGACAUGUGUCUGCAUGCUCUGCACUGUUUCAGACCACAAGAUGCACGAUGUUGUUCCUCUGAAGGAAGGAUAUGAAGGAAAGAAGGCCGAGCUGGGGAAGACAGAGGCUGAAAUUCAGCAGAUGAUCCAGAAGAGACGACUGAAGAUUGAGGAGAUCAAACAGUCGGUUGGCCUCAGUGAGGAAGAUGCAGACAGAGAGAAAGCAGAAGGUGUUCAGGUCUUCACUUCUCUGAAGGAGUCUGUUGAGAGAGGCCUGAAGGAGCUCAUCGACACCAUCGAAGAGAAGCAGAGAACAACAGAGCAACAGGCUGAAGGCUUCAUCAAAGAGCUGGAACAGGAAAUCUCUGAGCUGAUCAAGAGAAGGACUGAGGUGGAGCAGCUCUCACGCACUGAAGACCACCUCCAUCUUCUCCAGAGUGUCCAGUCCCUGAACAUCCACCCUCCACCCACCAAGGACUGGACAGAGGUCAGCGUCAGUCCAUCAUUUGAGGGAACUGUAAGAAGAGCUGUGAAUCAGUUGGAAGAGAAACUCAGUAAAGAGAUGAAGAAGCUGUUUGAGUCUGAGCUGAAGAGGGUCCAGCAGUAUGCAGUGGAUGUGACUCUAGAUCCUGAUACAGCACAUCCUAAACUCAUCCUGUCUGAUGAUGGGAAAGAAGUCAGUCAUGGUGGUGUGAAGAUGGAUAUCCCAGACAAUCCAGAGAGAUUUGACAUUUGUGUUGAUGUCUUAGGAAAGCAGAGUUUCUCUUCCGGCAAAUUUUACUUUGAGGUUCAGGUUAAAGGAAAGACUGACUGGGAUCUAGGAGUGGCCAGAGAGUCAAUCAACAGGAAGGGAGACAUCACACUGAGUCCCGAGAAGGGUUACUGGACUGUAUGGUUGCGAAAUGGAAAUCAGUACAGAGCUCUUGCUGGCCCUCCAGUCCGUCUCUCUCUGAAGUCUCGGCCUCAGAAGGUGGGGGUGUUUGUGGAUUAUGAGGAGGGUCUGGUCUCCUUUUAUGACGUAGAUGCUGCAGCUCUUAUCUACUCCUUUACUGGCUGCUGCUUCACUGACAAACUCUUACCGUAUUUCUGUCCUGGUCUGAGUGAUGGUGAUAAAAUCUCUCCCCCUCUGAUCAUCUCUCCUGUCAGAGUAAACUAAUUACUUCUUA